AUGAAUACGGCUCCUCCCCUAAUCACGACCACAGCUCCUCAGCCGAUCCCGGCUACCUCGAUAGAGGCAAAACUGGUAGUUCUAGGUGCGCAAGGCGUGGGAAAGACAUCUCUGGUGUCACGCUUCAUCAAUCCGUCUGCGCAGUUGUCAAAAAAUGUGCAAUCCACCAUCGGCGCCUCCUUUGUCACGAAACGCAUUACCGAUCCCGACACCUCUACCACAGUUCGCCUGCAGAUAUGGGACACAGCGGGGCAAGAGCGGUUCCGAAGCAUAUCUCGACUCUAUUAUCGAGGAGCAAAUGCGGGUCUGCUGUGUUAUGACAUUACAAACGAACAAAGUUUCGAAGAGAUGAAGACAUGGCUGGAAGAAAUGAAAGAAAAUUGCGAGGAUGGCGAGGCCAUGCCCAUAAUACACGUGGUGGGCACAAAGAGCGAUAUUGUGGCCGACGAUCCUUCGCGCCGGCAGGUCACCUUCGAAAGAACCAUUACCUAUGUGGCACAGCAGUUAGGGGCGGUGGCUGCCGAGAGCACUGCGUCAACCCCUCCUCUCGCUAUGCGAUCUGGCAACAACAUUCAGAGUCCGGACUCGAAACGCAGCUCGGGGUUCUGGAACCAAGACAUAGGUUGGGACAGCUGUCACGAGGUCAACGCAAAGGACGGAGAAGGCGUCGAGGAGGUGUUCAGAGUCAUUGCGCGGAAGUUGAUUGAUCAGAAACACCAAAAGGACGCUGCCGAGCUCACAGGGCUACAAGGUUCUAGACCUCGAAGUGACACCGGAGACGACUAUUUUGGUGGCCUCCAUGGACACAGUGGGAGCUUUAGAGUUGGCUACGGGGACAAAAGGCGAAGCUGGUUGGGAUUGCCCAGUGUAGGGCUUGGGAUAGGGGAGUCUGAGAGUGGCGGUCCGGGAUUUGGCACUCGUGAUCCUGAAGAAGCACGGCGGAAAGGACGGUGUUGUUGA